AUGCAGCGCAAGGAGAAGGACGCGCGCAAGACGACCCGCCCACAGCAGCAGCUCGUGUUCUCGACCAAGAAGGUCGCGCGCAAGGCGAAGAGCAGCACGCGCCACGUGCCGUCGUCGCUCGAAGACGAUGCGAAACCUGCAGCCCAGCAGCACUCCAGUGCGUCCAGUGCCUCGUCUGUAGACGCCCCCGAGCGCGCGCGACACCGCUUGAGUCGCCCGUACCACCGCAGCCACUCGGUCAAUCGUAUGCAGCCGUCGCGCGCGCUGCUGCAAGGCGACCACGCGACUGUGGCGCAGUGUGUGCGGGCGAUGGUGGAGCGAGAGACGGACGCGGCGCUGCUGGUGGACCGAAACGGGCUGCUUACGGGCAUUCUCACGGACAGAGACGUGGCGGUCAAAGUGGUGGCCGUGGGGAGAGAUCCGGACAAGACAUUGGCGCACGAGGUCAUGACACCGGGUCCGUCCUGCGUGUCAGCGAGUGCCAGUGCGAUUGAUGCACUGAAGACGAUGAUCUCCGGACAGUUUCGACAUUUGCCAGUGACGGACAAUGAAAAAGUGGUGGGCAUCCUGGACAUUGCCAAGUGUCUGUAUGAAGCUAUUACAAAGCUGGAACAUGCUUACCGGAGAUCGUCGGAUCGACUUGAAGAGACGGUGAAAAAGCUGCAAGACAGUCUGGCCGGAUCAAGCGAAGCAAAUUUGUUUGAGUCACUGCGGCAGAAGCUCUUUUUGCCAACACUCUCGGCAAUCAUCGUGCAAGGAUCCGAGGUACCAGUUCUGAGCCCGACAUCGUCAGCAAUGGAUGCAGCGCGGCUUAUGUUGAUUCGAAAGACAAGCGCUGUGAUGGUCUGCGAUGAAGCCAAUCGGAAAGUGGGCAUCUUCACGUCGAAAGAUCUGAUGCGCCGUGUCGUUGCUAUGUCACUGGAGCCCAGUAAAUGCUUGCUUUCCAGCGUCAUGACGCCGGAUCCACAGACAGCUACGCUAGGAACGACGAUCUUGGAGACGCUUCAUUCGAUGCAUAACGGGAGAUUCUUACAUGUCCCCGUGUACGACGACAGCAGCAAGCUGGUGGGUAUCGUAGACGUGCUGCAGGUUACGCACGGUGUUGUUCAGCAAAUGGGCACAUUUCAGAGCGCGAAAAGCGACAGUGUGCAACCGCUGUGGGACCAGUUUCGUAGUAGUUUGGAAAAAGCAAACGAAUGCUCGAACAACGUUGAAGAAGAAGCGGGCGAUGAUGGAUCCAGCGUGUGUGUCGAUGAUCCAGAUGCAGAUGGUGUCGACAUUGCGUCGUUAGUCGGACGUCGGUCUUGGAGUGGUUUCCAGUCAUCGACAGGAACAAGCGGCACAGGCGAUCCAGCGACGCUGGAUGAAGCGGAACAUGCACCAGCCGCAUUUGUAUACAAGCUUGCCGAUCGUUACGGUAACAACCACCGGUUCAUGAGCUCUGCUGAGUCUGUAAAGGAGCUCCUCGUAGACGUUCAGAAUCGACUGGGCGACAGCACGAUUCGUCGGAUCCUUUAUGUCGACGACGAAGGCGACCAUGUACUGCUUUCUGAGGAUUCCGAUUUGAAGGAUGCCGUAAAUCGAGCACGUACAUGGGGCAACAAGCACAUUCGCUUAAUAGUCCCCCACUAUCGCCUCGCUGUACGCCAGGCACUGGCCAGCAACUCGGACACGGCAAUUGGUAUGGUCGUAUACGCUGCCGCUGUAGCAGCACUCGCUGGCGCAUCGUUUUUCCUAAGCAGGCGGAAGUAG